CCCAAACCUCUGCUCCCCUGCCGCGCGCGUCCCCCAUGUUUCUCCGAGCCCGCUUGGCAGCUCUCGCUCCGCUUCUCCGCACCCUUCGGCCUGUUGCUGUUGCGGCCAUGAGCACCGGCACUUUCGUUGUGUCGCAGCCGCUCAAUUACCGCGGCGGGGCCCGCGUGGAUCCGGCGGACGCCUCGGGCACCGAGAAGGCGUUCGAGCCCGCAACCGGCCGAGUGAUAGCCACUUUCACUUGCUCCGGAGAGAAGGAAGUAAAUUUGGCUGUCGAAGAUGCAAAAGCUGCCUUUAAAAUAUGGAGGCAGAAAUCCGGCAUGGAGCGCUGUCGAAUUCUUUUGGAGGCUGCCAGGAUAAUAAGGGAACGGAAGGAUGAGAUCGCCACCGUGGAGACCAUCAACAACGGCAAGUCCAUCUUCGAGGCCCGCUGGGACGUCGACACUUCGUGGCAGUGCCUGGAGUACUACGCUGGCUUGGCGGGCUCUAUGGCCGGUGAACAUAUCCAGCUCCCAGGCGGCUCCUUCGGUUAUACUAGAAGAGAACCACUUGGCGUUUGUGUGGGAAUCGGUGCCUGGAACUACCCCUUCCAGAUCGCCUGCUGGAAGUCUGCGCCCGCCUUAGCCUGCGGUAAUGCCAUGGUCUUCAAGCCGUCUCCCUUCACGCCGGUGUCUGUGCUGCUGCUGGCCGAGAUCUACACGGAGGCCGGUGUGCCCCCGGGGCUCUUCAACGUGGUGCAGGGAGGGGCGGCCACGGGCCAGUUUCUGUGUCAGCACCCCGACGUGGCCAAGGUCUCCUUCACUGGGAGUGUGCCCACCGGCUCGAAGAUCAUGGAGACGGCAGCUAAGGGAAUCAAACCCGUUACCUUGGAACUGGGAGGCAAAUCCCCCCUGAUCAUCUUCUCGGAUUGUGACAUGGAGAACGCUGUGAAGGGGGCGCUGAUGGCCAACUUCCUCACGCAGGGCGAGGUUUGUUGUAAUGGCACAAGAGUAUUUGUGCAAAAGGAGAUUCUUGAUGAAUUUACAAGGGAAGUGGUGAAACGGACUGAGAAGAUAAAAAUCGGAGAUCCCCUUCUGGAAGAUACGAGGAUGGGUCCCCUCAUCAACCGCCCACACCUGCAGCGAGUCCUCGGGUUUGUUAAGGGGGCAAAGGAGCAGGGUGCUAAAGUGCUAUGUGGUGGAGACGUACACGUACCUGAAGAUCCCAAACUGAAGGACGGAUAUUACAUGAGACCUUGUGUACUGACUAACUGCAGAGACGACAUGACCUGCGUGAAAGAGGAGAUCUUUGGACCAGUUAUGUCCAUUUUAUCAUUUGACACGGAAGCUGAGGUCCUGGAAAGAGCCAAUGAUACCACUUUUGGCUUAGCGGCUGGGGUCUUUACCAGGGACAUCCAGCGCGCGCACAGAGUGGUGGCCGGGCUGCAGGCCGGGAUGUGUUUCAUCAACAACUACAACGUCAGCCCCGUGGAGCUGCCCUUCGGAGGAUACAAGAAGUCAGGGUUCGGCAGAGAGAACGGCCGGGUGACAAUCGAGUAUUAUUCGCAGCUGAAGACUGUGUGUGUGGAGAUGGGGGAUGUGGAGUCUGCCUUUUGAAAAUGGGCGGCGUGCCCAGGGCGGAGCGGGGACCGGAUCUCCACGGAACAGGCUUCCAGUCCAAACCCCAAACUGUGUCUUUUGGGAGAAGAGAUCGGCUCAGUGUUCUUCUUCAUGUCUCAGUCCCCUUCCUAACUGAAAAUGUGCCCAAGUGCCUUUUAGAUACUAAUCAAGGAAGCUGCGGUUGUGCUCAAAGCACUUGUCUGUGAAAUCUUUCACCUCCUUCUGGAGAACGGAGAGAGGGACCAGGAUUAUCCUCCUCCCACAGAUCUGAGCCACUGACGAUGCUCGGGCUCCGGUUUGCCUCAAAGACCUAUUUCCCAGUUAAGGCUCCUGGUGGAGUAAGCGGACAGGAUUUCCUGCUCAUUGACAUGUUUACGCUCUGGGCCCUUGUCAUUUCAUUGAGAAAGCCCACGUCGGGAUCAUGAUGACAGACAGGGUCACGUUCUGCAUGAUGGUUACCUGCCAGAGGGAAGCACUUUUCCACUUGGUGCUGGUAGAGGAAAUCAGUCCCCGGCCCUCGCAGGACAGAGAGCCUGCUCUUUUUUUAUAUAUACAGAUUAGCUAUAUGCUACUGUAGCACACAAAAAAGAAAUAAAUCAC